CAGGCUUUUCUUACUUCCCUUUUGUGCAGCGAUCCAAUAAUCUCAUUAAACUUUCCACCUUUCUUCUUCCCUUCCCAUUCAACCUCUUCUUACCCAUCCCUAUCUUCAGCUUUUCUAUACAUACAUCUCUUUCAUCUCAUAAUAUAUAAUCAAAGUCCUUCUUUUUUUCAAGUUCCGAAAGUUUUCAUAACACUAAAAAAAUUGGGAGAGAAUUAAGUUACUCUCAGCUUCAGUUCAUACGUAAUCCUCCCCUUCUGUAGUCUGUACAGUGUGUAUAUAUGGAUAUUGAGCUCUUGAAGUCAGCUUCCGAAGACCAACUAGAUAUGAUGCUUAUGAUGCAGGCCGACAAACUUCCCCCGGAAUUCUACUCCGCCGCCGCCGCUGCUUACGACGACGACCCCAACGAAAUGCAUAUGAUGAUGAUGAACUUCAGCCCACACCAUUUCUUGGACCGUCAUAGUAACAUGCAUCCGGCCUCCACCAUAUCCUUCUCCGGCGGCGGCGCCUCCCCCGAUCACUUCAUUCACCAUCAUGAAUGGCGGAACCCCGGGGACUACACGGGGGCGCCGAAACAGACGGGGACGUCGAUGGCGGCGAUGCGGGAGAUGAUAUUCCGCAUUGCGGCGAUGCAGCCCAUCCACAUUGACCCCGAGUCCGUGAAGCCGCCGAAGAGAAGGAACGUGAAGAUAUCGACCGACCCGCAGAGCGUGGCGGCACGUCACCGGCGGGAAAGGAUCAGCGAGAGGAUACGGAUUCUGCAGCGACUGGUGCCUGGUGGGACCAAGAUGGACACGGCUUCCAUGUUGGACGAAGCAAUACAUUAUGUGAAGUUCUUGAAGAAUCAGGUGCAGUCCUUGGAACGCGCUGCCGGCGGCGGCGGCGGCCAGUCAAAUAGGUCAACUCCGACUGAGGCGGGGUUUCCGGGGACCAUGUCGUGUUCUUCAAAUUCCAUGACUGCCAAUUAUUUUCCCAUCACCUCUAAUAACGAUAAUGUCCAUUAUCAGCAUUAUGACUCUCAGUUGACUUGAUUAAUUGUGUUGGAGACCGUACCGACCAGAGUCAGAUCGAUAGAGAGAUCAAGGUGGAGAGAACUUCAAGUUCUCAAUGAGCAUGAUUAAUUAAAUAAAUGCUUGCUCGGAUCCGAUCAAACAUAUAUUUAGUCUAAAAUUUAUGAAAAAGAAGAAAUUAAAGAUUACCAUGCAUGCAUGUUGUAUAUUAUAAUUAUUGUUAUGCAUGUUUUUACUCCAUCCCUAUGAUGGUAGUAACUUCAUAUUUUGUUCUAGCUAGCUAGCUAAUAAUUAAAUACCAUGAAUAUAUGAAAAAUAUUUAACAAGAAUAAAAUUGUGGAUGAUAAAUGGUUUUACUUUAAGAAAAUGCGAG